AUGACCGUCCUCGAGGCUGCCAACAUCCCCUCCGUCUCCCUUCUCUACAAGCUCCACAAGCUGUCAGCCGCACCCGCUGACACCAAGCUUGUGAAGACUCUCUUGGGACCGACCGAGAUCCCUCCCCCUUCUAAAUCUCUCAACGACCGUGUUGCCGUGUACCGUGCCGACAUCACUUCUCUCGCCGUCGAUGCCAUCGUCAAUGCCGCCAACCGCUCCCUUCUCGGGGGCGGCGGCGUAGAUGGUGCCAUUCAUCGGGCAGCUGGCCGCGGCCUGUACGAAGAGUGCAAGAAGUUGAAUGGGUGCAAGACUGGCUCAGCCAAGAUCACAGACGCCUAUGACCUGCCAUGCAACAGGGUCAUUCACGCUGUCGGCCCCGUCUACGACCCGGCGGAUCAUGACACGAGCGAGAAGCUGCUGGUCGGCUGCUACACAACAAGCUUGGAGCUCGCCGUUGAACACGAGUGCCGCACAAUCGCCUUCAGUGCACUCAGCACCGGUAUAUAUGGCUACCCAAGUCGGGAGGCCGCGCCUGCAGCGUUGAGUGCCAUUCGCAAAUUCUUGACCGGGAAGGACGGGGACAAGAUUGACAAGGUGAUACUUGUUACGUUUGAGAAGAAGGAUGUGGAUGCUUACACCGAGUUCGUCCCACAUUACUUUCCUCCUGUUUCCGACGGCUCAACAUCCGAUGCCGUCGCACAAGAGCUUCCCAGCGUCCCAACAUCGGACCCUGUGGAUCCCGAAGAGGCCGACAAGAGAUAG